AUGGCCGAUGAAGAGGACAUCGUGGAUGAAGCUGAGGAAUCUCGGGAAGAUGAAGAUGAAGAUGAACAAGCAACUGAAGAUGAUGAUAAACCAGUGGAAAAUGAUAAGAAAACAUCAGAAGUAUCUAAAAAACCUCCACCACCAAUUGGUAUUAAAAGUCCAACACCUGGUCGUCAGUAUGGUGUACCCGAGGUACCAAAGACCCUUCAGCGACGUGCGGAAAAUUACUCAGGUGGUAAACCAUCAAAGCAUAAUAAAGAGAAGUUGAUGCGCUCCGAAGGCAUCAUUCCUAUUCAGGCUGGAUCCAACAAAUAUGCAUCACAGCGAGGAAUGACUGGUUUUGGUGCUCCUCGUGAUGUAAUUGAUAAAGUCAAGGCGGAUAACUUACAAGAAAUUACGGAUGCUGAAAAAAUAAAGAAUUUGAAACAAUCAACUUGGUUGCAGUCUGGUACCAACAAAUUUGCAUCACAAAAAGGAUUGACUGGGUUUGGUUCACCACGUGAUGUGAAUUACAAAACAAAAGGUACCGGGGGUGCAAGUGAAGUACCAGAGGAUAAAGCACGAGCAACUGAUGGUAUUGUACCAUUACAAUCCGGUACAAAUAAAUUAGCUUCACAAGCCGGUAUGACUGGUAUGGGUAUGCCACGAAUCGUUGACGUGAGGAAAACUGAGGAUCAAGAUCGAAACAGUCAAGGAUUCAUUCACCUUCAGAUGGGUACCAAUCGUUUUGCUAAUCAAUCCGGUAUGACUGGAUUUGGUAUGCCUCGACAUAAUAUCACGAAAUAUAAGGAUGAAGUGAGAGGUGAAAUGCCUAAUGACGAAUCGACGAUGUCACGACAAACGAGUGGUUGGAAAGAUGGUGCGUCGCAAGCGGGAAUGUCAGGUUUUGGUGCAUUUCGAAAUAACACCGUGGCAAAUAUGCAAGCUCAAGAGCAACGGUCACAAGGUAUGAUACCAUAUCAAAUGGGUGUCAACUUUCUCGAUUCUCAAGCUGGUAAAACAGGUUUCGGUAUGCCCAGACAGGUUUAUACACCAUUCGUGGAUGAUUCACAUGAAGAAUUACCAAUAGAUAUGGCUCGACGGCCAGAAGUUCCAUUCUGGUCAGGACAAGAAACCGAAUUUGCGAAUCAGACUGGAAUGUCAGCCUUUGGAACUCCACGUGAUGUACGCGGUGAAUAUGUACGACGUUUGUGGUAA